AUGACCGACGUUGUAGCGGAACAGGUUGAGAAAUUGACUGUGAAGGAGGAUGGAUUUGAGAAGAAGAAGGAAUCUAAGAAGGAAUCUAAGAAGGAAUCCAAGAAGGAAUCCAAGAAGGACCAAUCUUUAGCCGGUCUGUUAUACAUGGAUCCACAACCGAAAUUCCUCCAAGAAAGGAUUGAAUUAUUCGAUGAACUCAAGAAGAAGUACGAGUUUGAAAUUUCUCAAAAGGAAAGAACACCUGUGGUGAUUACUUUAAAAGAUGGUACUGAGAAAGUAGGAACUGCGUAUGAGACAAGUCCCAUGGAUAUUGCCAAUUCUAUAGGUAAGUCAUUUGCCGAAAGACAAGUUAUAGCUAAGGUCAAUGGUCAGUUAUGGGAUUUGCCUCGCCCAUUAGAAGCAGAGGAGAAAGUUAGCUUGGAAUUUUUAGAUUUUGAGCAUCCUGAAGGGAAAGCCGUGUUUUGGCAUUCAUCGGCCCACAUAUUGGGAGAAUCUUGUGAGUGUCAUUAUGGGUGUCACUUAUCGCAUGGUCCUCCUACAGAUAAUGGGUUUUUCUACGACAUGUCUAUCGAUGGUGGAACCAAGUUUGUUACUAGAGCGGACUUUCCUAGUUUGGAAACCAUUGCAACUAAAGCUAUCAAAGAGAAGCAAAAAUUUGAAAGAUUGGAAAUGACCAAAAAAGAUUUGUUGAAGAUGUUUGCUUAUAACAAAUACAAGGUGAAAUUUAUUAGCGACAAAAUCCCCGAUGGCACUUCAACUACUGUUUAUAGGUGUGGUCCAUUGAUUGACUUGUGUGUUGGUCCUCAUAUUCCUCAUUCGGGGAAAAUUAAAGCUUUCAAAGUGUUGAAAAAUUCAAGUUCGUAUUUCUUGGGUGAUGCAAAAAAUGAUUCAUUACAAAGAAUCUAUGGUGUCUCGUUUCCAGACAAGAAACUAAUGACUGAGCAUUUGAAGUUUUUGGCUGAAGCUGCUGAUAGAGAUCAUAGAAAAAUCGGUAGAGACCAAGAACUAUUCAUUUUCAAUGAAAUGUCACCUGGCUCAGCCAUGUGGUUACCUCAUGGAACAAGAAUUUAUAAUACCUUGGUGGAUACUUUGAGAAGCGAGUACAGACAAAGAGGUUACGAGGAAGUGAUUACUCCAAAUAUGUACUCAACGAAAUUAUGGGAAACUUCGGGACAUUGGCAGAAUUACAAAGAGAAUAUGUUUUCAUUUGAAAUUGAAAAGGAAACUUUUGGAUUGAAACCGAUGAAUUGCCCUGGUCAUUGUAUCUUGUUCAAGUCAAGAGAGCGUUCGUAUCGUGAUUUGCCUUGGCGUGUUGCUGAUUUCGGUGUCAUUCAUCGUAAUGAGUUUUCCGGUGCGUUAUCUGGAUUAACAAGGGUUCGUAGAUUUCAACAAGAUGAUGCACACAUCUUCUGUACUGCAGACCAAAUUGGUACCGAGAUUUCCGGAGUAUUUGAUUUGUUGAAAAAAAUGUAUGGUAUAUUUGGAUUUGACUUCAAGAUGGAAUUAUCCACUAGACCUGAAAAAUAUGUUGGUGAUUUGGAGACUUGGAACGCUGCUGAAAAGAAAUUGGAGCUUGCUUUAGACGAUUUCCUAGGGAAGGGAAAUUGGGAAUUAAACCCAGGUGAUGGUGCAUUUUAUGGUCCUAAGAUUGAUAUCAUGAUUAGUGAUGCUUUAAAGAGAUGGUUCCAGUGCGCUACCAUUCAGUUAGAUUUCCAGUUACCAUCUAGAUUUGAAUUGGAAUAUAGAACAGAUAGCAACAAUGUUUUGGAACGUCCAGUUAUGAUCCAUAGAGCCAUUUUGGGUUCAGUGGAGAGGAUGACUGCUAUAUUGACUGAACAUUACAAAGGCAAGUGGCCAUUCUGGUUGUCACCAAGACAAAUAUUGAUUGUUCCGGUUAGUCCUAAAUAUAACGCGUAUGCCGAGAAAUUACAAAGAAUAUUCAAUAAUGAGUAUUUAUUUUACUGUGAUAUUGACAUUAGUGGUAAUACUUUGCCCAAGAAAGUUAGAAGUGGUCAAUUAUUGAGCUACAAUUUCAUCUUUAUUGUUGGAGAACAAGAAGAACAGAACUAUAGUGUUAAUAUCAGAAAUAGAGAUAUUGCUGAAGAACAAGGAAAAAACGCCAUGGUCAAAGUAGACGAUGUUAUUAAACAAAUGAUUGCUUUGAGGGACGAAAAGAGAAGGGACAACAAGUUGUAA